ACAAGUGAACCAAAUAGCUCUUUGGUGAGUUUUCUGUGUGUGGCAAGCUUAGUUGCAAAAUGGAAGAUCAAAAUGGUUCCAGUGGCUUUGGCAAAGGGUUCCGCAAGGCUAAGCCUUACCUUGCUAUGGUGUCCCUUCAGUUCGGUUACUCAGGAAUGUACAUCAUCACCAUGGUUUCUUUCAAGCAUGGCAUGAGCCAUUGGGUUCUCUCAGUCUACCGUCAUAUAGUUGCCACUCUCAUCAUGGCCCCUUUUGCAUUUUUUCUUGAAAGAAAAAUACGACCAAAGAUGACUCUCCCUGUGUUCCUGAGACUAGCGGUACUUGGCUUCGUUGAGCCAGUGCUUGAUCAAAACUUGUACAACAUGGGUAUGAAGAACACCUCAACAACGUUUGCAUCGGCCACAGUUAAUGUUCUCCCAGCCAUUACUUUUAUAAUGGCACUUAUUUUCAGGUUAGAGACAGUGAAUUUGAGAAAAAUACACAGCAUGGCCAAGGUAAUUGGAACCGCAGUAACAGUGACAGGAGCCAUGGUUAUGACUUUGUACAAAGGGUCAGCCCUUCACUUUGUCAAGGGUCAAGCAACCCACCAUGAAAGUGGCAGCACCACACAACCAUCUGAACAAAACUGGGUGCUUGGCACAGUAAUGCUCCUAGCAAGUUGUGGUGGUUGGGCUAGUUUCUUUAUCUUGCAAUCUUUCACUUUGAAGAUGUACCCCGCAGAGCUCUCGGUGACAGCUUGGAUUUGCUUUUUGGGCAUUUUUGAGGGUUCAAUUGCAAGCCUUAUAUUUGAACGUGACAUGAGUGUGUGGUCCAUAGGCAUGGACUCAAGGCUUCUUGCUUGUGUUUAUUCUGGUGUGGUGUGUUCUGGAAUGGCAUACUAUGUACAAGGAGUUGUGACCAGGGAACGUGGACCUGUGUUUGUGACUUCUUUCAGUCCACUGUGUAUGAUUAUCACUGCUGCAUUGGGAUCCAUUGUCUUGGCUGAGCAAGUUUACAUGGGAAGUGUAAUUGGAGCUAUUAUCAUUGUGACUGGACUUUAUACAGUGGUAUGGGGAAAAAGCAAAGACAGUGUGAACAAAACCGAGGCAGAGAAAACUGAAGGCCAAGAAUUGCCAAUUAAGGACAGUGCAGCAUCAGAAUCAGGCAUUUUUGACAGCAUUGAGAUCAAUGUUCCUUCUGGGCAAGGAAGGAAUGUUCUUGCAUCACCAAGAACAUAAAUAGGUCCCUUAGGACUACUACCAUAACAGAUUUUCCUACUAAUUAUUGAAAUGAUAUCUAGAGGGAUUUUGUACUAUGUUCAAAUCUUUCUCUCAAUAGCUGUUAUAUAGUGGCAGCGUUUUGCUAUGUACCUUUUUCUUGUUUUGCUUUGACCCUUUAUAUGUUGCUGGAGCUUGAGUAAGAGUGAAAUAACGCAUUGAUGCUUUCGUCUCUGUUUUUGUUCUU